AUGUUCAGAGGCGAGUCCUUUCCCUAUGAAAAGCGCCCACCCAGUACUUCUGGCUCUUUAUCCGGAAGUUCCUAUCAAUCCUACCCUCUACACUCAAAUGACGCCCGAGGUAAUUUUAAAGUUGUAAUAAGAGUCCGGCCACCUUUGCCAAGAGAAAUCGACCCAGUCCACGGUUUCCGCAGCAUAAUUGAAGUUUCUCCUGACAAUAAGCGAAUAACCCUACAAGAAUACCUAGGUGCAGCCGCCAAUGAUGAAGAAAGAGAACUCGACAUCUCCGAAAACCCCGGACUCGCCACUUUCCAUCAUUUUACCUUUGACUAUGUCUAUGACCAAGACUCCACACAGGUCCAAGUAUAUGAUAGAACUGCCAGACAGGCAGUUUUAUCAGUUCUAGAAGGCUACAACGCAACUUUAUUAGCCUACGGACAAACAGGUACAGGGAAAACUUAUACAAUGGAAGGCUUUAAAUAUAACUCGACUGACCCACAACGUGGGAUUGUUCCUCGUGCAAGUGAAGAAAUUUUCAAAAUCAUUGAAUCUUCACAGAGCCAAAAUGUUACAUUUAUGGUGAGGGCGAGCUAUUUACAAAUUUAUAAUGAAUUUAUAUCAGAUCUGCUGAAACCGGAACGAGGGACAUUACAGAUAAGAGAAGAAAAAAGACGAGGGGUGUUUGUGGAAGGACUGAGUGAAUGGGCCGUGAGGUCGGCGACUGAUAUUUGUUCACUUAUGCAGAAAGGAGAAAUGACGAGGGCGACGGCUUCUACGAAAAUGAAUGAUUUGAGCAGCCGCAGCCAUGCGGUUUUUAUUAUAUAUAUAUUUUUAUAAUGAUUUUGAAAAAUUUUUAACUUUUAUAAUGAAAAUAUUUUAUUAAAAAAAAAAUAGAAUAAUUGUGGAGCAUAUGAUGACGACUGAGCUGGAAGGGUCUGAUGACAUUUCUAAAGACAUUAAAGUUGGGAAACUUAACCUUGUCGAUCUUGCUGGGAGUGAAAGAGUUAGGCUGACUGGAGCUACUGGAAAACGUCUAGAAGAAUCUAAAAAAAUCAACCAAAGCUUAUCAGCACUUGGAAAUGUGAUUGCAGCUCUUACAGACACCAAGCCAAGGACUCAUAUCCCUUAUAGAGACUCCAAGCUGACCCGUCUAUUAGAAGACUCUUUAGGUGGGAACUGCAUAACUACCAUGAUGGCCAUGAUUUCCCCUUCCAACGACUCUUUUGGUGAAUCUUUAUCUACUGUAAAAUUCGCUAAUCGUGCCAAAAACAUCAAAAAUGCCCCUCGAAUCAAUGAAGAUGUGGACCAAAAAACCCUUAUAAGGAAAUAUGAAGUAGAGCUCGCCAAGCUUCGUCACGAAUUAGAUGCCAAAAACCGUAGCAUGUAUGAUAUGGAAAAAGUCAUUGAGCUUGAAGACCAGCGCAAGCAAGCUGAAGCAGACAAAGAAGCCGCCAUAGAAGCUUUAGAAAUGAGGUCAAAAGAAUUUUUAAUAGAAAAAGAAGAAAAAAGAAAGCUUGAAGAAAGGAUCAAAAUGAUGAAUUCCCAGCUGCUCGUAGGAGGCAAAAAACUUGAAGAAACCCCACAGUUUAUUAUUGCGUUAGAAGAAAAACAAAAAGCCAUAAGAAAAGAAUAUGAAGGGAGGCUGCAAGAAAUAGAGCAGGAGCGGCAACAAAUUGAAGAAGAUAAAGCGCAGAUUGAUAGGUAUAAACAGUUAUUGUUAAGGCAAAGGGAUAUUAUGAUAGCGCUGACUGCUAGGCUUAAUGAAAGAGAUGAUACCAUUAUACAGCUACAAGAGGAGCUAGACGCUUAUGAUAGAAUCCAUAGAGAGACUGAAGAAAAUUUAGAAUACCAAACAGCCAGAUGUCAACAGCUAGAAGAUUUAUUGAAAAAUCAUGGCAUGAAUGUACCGACUGCUGAAAUCCCUGAAUCCAACCAUUAUAAAGAACCUAAAAGAUACCCGCCUUAUUCUACUGAUACAGUCACUUUGGACAAUGAAAGCUUCCUGCCUUUACAAAUGCUGACAAGUGAAGAAAAAAUUGCUGAAUUGACCCAAAUUAUAGAAAACCAAAAAGGAGAAAUUGACAGGCUUAUUGGGAGUAUUAAUGCCUAUAAGCAGCCUGUAGAGCCGAAAUCAAGAGAUGUGCAGGCAAAUUUGACGUCUUUGCAGGCUAGUAAUGAAAGGUAUUUGGCAGAAAAACAAGCAAUAAGUGGGAUUUUGGAAAAUGACGUACUAAAGUAUAUAGAAGAAAUUUAUGAAGGGGUUAGAGGGAAUAGCAUUCCACCAAAUCAGCUGCUUCAAGAAAUGCAGGGCUUAUUCCAGUCAGUGUCUCAAGCUUUAUCUAUAGUAAAAAAUGAAAAAAGUAGCAGAAAUGUCCAGUUGAGGAUACCCACACAGUCAGCGCCGGUCAAGGAAAAUAAUCCUCCACAGAUUGUGCAGCAGAAAGAAAAAGUGGGGAAUGGGAGGAGGCCAUUAACGGUGGAUGAAAUGCUGAUGAUGAAACGCCAAGAACAGCAAAGGAAAAGAGAAUAA